GCUACUGAAUGGGCUAUUGAACGGGCUGCUAAACGGGCUGUUGAAUGGGCUGCUGAAUGGACAGUUGAACAGGCUAGGGUGAUGAUUGGAAUUGAUAAACCAGGAGGAUGGGUAGUAGUUGAAGAAAAUGAUUCAGUUCAAGAAGAAGUUUUCAUUUUUUAG